CUUCUCAAAGAUGUGUACCAGAGGGCGAAAAGCAGUGAAGCCAACGCGACGGGGCAGGAACGAGCCACUAGCGCCGGGCCCGUGCGCCUUCCCUUAUCGAUAAUGCCUUUUUUUCUCGAAGAAAUGCACUGUGCCAGCGAGCUGCCGAGCGCAACAUUCCCUGCACCGCGACGCUGCACGCCACAAUGGCCCCGAAUCCCCGCAAGAGAAAGGCCGUCACGCGCGACGUGCCUGCCACCAGCGACUCGGACGAAGAGCUGGCUGACGGCCUCCUGGACGGCAUCCUGUCGCACAGCGAGGGCGAGUCAGAUGCAGACUCAGAAGACGACGCAGAGAGUGACGCCAGCAGCGUUAUAGAGGGACUGUCCGACGAGGAUGAAGAAGAAGACGAUGAAAAUGGUGCCUUCUCCGACACUGACCCCGAAGACGGGGAGCAGGGCAUCCGCGAACAGAUGCGCAAACUCAACACAAGAGAUACAUCCGUGCGGCUCAAUGGCGUGGAUCAGGCCCUCGACCUCGACUCUCGUCCGCAAGCCGACGCCGAGCUGGAUGAGCAGGCAGGCGAGAACCUGAAGCCCAACUACACCGUCACGACUGACGCAAAUGGCAACCCACGCUAUCUGUACAAGGAAAUUGACCCCGUCUACGACUCAGACGAUUCCGAUGCCCCGGAGACGACCAAUACGAUCGGCGACAUCCCGCUCACGUACUAUGACGAGUAUCCGCACAUUGGCUAUGACAUCAAUGGCAGGAAGAUUAUGCGCCCGGCAAAGGGCGAGGCACUAGAUGCGCUAUUAGAUCAAAUCGACAUACCCAAGGGUUGGACUGGCUUGACAGACCCCGCCACCGGCAAGCCGCUCAACCUGUCGGAAGAGGAGCUAGACGUUCUAAAGAGGCUCACCAGAAACGAGGUAGUCGAGGAUGGCUACGACCCCUACCCAGAAAUGGUACACUAUUUUUCUGGGAAGAAGGAGAUCAUGCCUCUAAGCGCUGCACCAGAGCCGAAGCGGCGCUUUGUGCCUUCCAAACACGAGGCCAAACGUGUGAUGAAGAUCGUCAAAGCCAUUAGAGAAGGUCGUAUCCAACCUUACAAGCCGCCAUCUGAAGAGGAGGAGGAGGAAGAGCGGGUGUACUACGAUGUGUGGGCUGACGAGAAGCCGCGUCCCGAGAAUUCUAUGCAUCUCGCUGCACCCAAAUUGCCACCCCCCGGUUACGAUGCAAGCUACCAUCCUCCUCCGGAGUACCUCCCUGAUAAGAAUGAGGAAGCUGCUUGGCUGGCGGCUGAUGAGGAAGACCGAGAGAAGGACUAUCUCCCUAAGAAUUACGAGGCUUUGAGGAAGGUGCCGGGCUACGAACGUUUCGUGAAGGAAAGGUUCGAGCGCAGUCUCGACCUGUACUUAGCUCCCCGAGUACGGCGGAACAAGCUCAACAUCGACCCAGAAUCGCUUCUUCCCAAACUACCCAAUCCAGAAGACUUGAAGCCGUUCCCGACCACUUGUGCGGCUAUCUUCCGAGGCCAAGAAGGGCGCGUCCGCAGUGUAUCGUUCGAUCCGCAUGGCAUCUUCGUUGCUAGUGGUGGCGACGACGGCUACGUGCGCAUCUGGGAAUUACUAACGGGUCGUCAAGUAUGGAAUGUUAGGUUGUCGGAUGAAGACGCUGUAGAUGCAGUCAAAUGGAGGCCGACCAAAGAUGCGUCCAUACUGGCAGCAGCCGCAGGAGAGAGCGUAUACCUCAUCGUGCCUUACUCAAUUUUGUCGCCAGAUGUGGAGCAAGCAAGUCGCGACAUAUUAGACGCGGGAUGGGGCUAUGCAGCAUCGAAACCAACCACUACGACGAAUGGCGUAACGAAGGAGCCUCCGGGCAAGUGGGCUCGGCCUGGCAGUAAAUUCGAGUCGAAGGGCGUAUUGGUACAAGCCACUGUCCGCUCAAUGGUCAAGAUCAUCAAUUGGCACAGAAAAGGCGACUAUUUUGCAACAGUAUCACCUCGAGGCCAGAGCUCGGCGGUGGCGAUUCACACUCUGUCCAAACAUCUCACACAACUACCGUUCCGGCGGCUCAAAGGUAUUGCUCAGACGGCGCAAUUCCAUCCGUCCAAGGCAAUCUUCUUUGUGGCUACCCGCAAUACUAUCAGAAGCUACGAUCUCGCCAAACAGGAGCUCGUCAAGAUUCUGCAGCCGGGCGCGAAGUGGAUAUCCUCCAUCGAUGUGCACCCAGGCGGAGACAACAUCAUUGUUGGAACUUACGACAAGCGGUUGCUGUGGCACGACCUUGAUCUGUCAACGAAGCCUUACAAGACGCUUCGUUUCCACCAGGAGGCGAUUCGCGCGGUGCGGUUCCAUCAAGGGGGCCUACCGCUUUUCGCAGAUGCAAGCGACGACGGCAGUCUGCAGAUAUUCCACGGCAAGGUGGUUGGCGACCUGAUGGAGAACGCCACGAUCGUGCCGCUCAAGGUGCUGAAGGGCCACAAGGUCAAGAGCAGGUUGGGAGUAAUGGAUGUAGACUGGCAUCCUAGGGAACCAUGGUGUGUUAGCGCAGGGGCUGACGGGACGUGUCGACUGUGGAGUUAGAUACCAGCAUUGCGUGAUUGUGUACAUAGUGGCGCUGUCAAAAGGAAUAUACAGCAGCAAUCCAUGUCGAUC